CUCCUCCUCCUCCUCCUCCUCAAUGUACAAACACCCACCUACUCCUAGAUAUCAUACUCUUUAUAUUCCACUGUGAAUAGAAUUCCUUCCAACUAAACAUCCCACCUUUCUCUUCUCCUCAUCCACCAAACCACCUUAGAGAGAGAGAGAGAUGGAAACGGAGGCAUUUCCGUAUAGGUUUUACAGGGGCAUAAGGCUGUACUGGCGAAGGAGGAAGUAUGAGAGGGUGGAUGGCUCGGGCUACCGGAAGAAAGCUGCGAGGGUGACGAGAUUUGGGUCCGGUCGAGGAGGGAACCGCCGGUUCUGGCGGAUCCGACCCCUCUUCAGGAUCCGCAUAAAGAUCCCGUCGCCGGUCCGGCUGCUGGCCCGGCUCAGGGACGCGUACGUGGAUGCCAUGCUGGGUCUGGCCGGGAAGGGGUCGGCCUUGGUGCUGCCCAACGGACCGGAGGCGCUCUGGGACAAGCGGAUCCCCAAGCGGCGUCCGGUCCGAGUCGACGCCGGCAGCUACUUCGAGCAGAGGCUUAUACUUGAGAUCUACAAGUCCGUGGCAGCUUCGAGGGAGCUGACCACCAUUUGAAGUGAAGAAGAAGAAGAAGAAGAAGUUGGAGGGAAAAGCUUUCCUUGGUUGUGUUUCUUAGUAUAGUUCUUUUAUAUCUCCCCAUUUUUUCACUUUUUGUUCUCUUUUUGUUCACUUUUUAUAUUUGGUAAUUAAGCCCGACUAGGCUGGGGUUCAAACCUGGGGGCCGCAGCAUGUUGGGCUGUGAUGGACCAUCUUAAGGUGAUGAGGUCCACUUCUGUGUAGAGAUAAAUGUAUAAAGUUUCCUUUCUGAA